AAUGGACCCCAGUGACGCCCAAUUCAAGGGUCAGAGACGAUCGCGCUAGCCAAAUAGGAAAACAGAAGGUUUUGUUCCGAGUUGGACAAAGUGUAAGAAAAUGCCAAAAGUUAAGAGAAGUCGUAAGCCACCACCAGAUGGCUGGGAACUCAUCGAACCUACUUUGGAUGAGCUGGAUCAGAAAAUGAGGGAAGCUGAAACCGAACCUCAUGAGGGUAAGAGGAAAGUGGAAGCUCUUUGGCCAAUUUUCAGACUGCACCAUCAGCGCAGUCGAUACAUCUACGACCUGUUUUUCAAAAGAAAAGCCAUCAGCAGAGAGCUGUACGAGUAUUGCAUCAAGGAAGGCUACGCUGACAAAAACCUGAUUGCAAAGUGGAAGAAGCAGGGCUACGAGAACCUGUGCUGCCUGCGAUGCAUCCAAACGCGUGACACCAACUUUGGGACAAACUGCAUUUGCAGAGUUCCAAAAAGCAAGCUGGAAGUUGGAAGGAUCAUCGAAUGUACCCACUGUGGAUGCAGAGGAUGUUCCGGUUGAGUGGAGGACAGAAAGACGUGCCCGGCCUCCAUCUUUGUUGUCAUGCAUCUCGUCACCUACUAUCAUUCCCUGCAGUCUUUCUAGGGCUCAGAAAUACGCUGAAAGGGGCCUUCUUGUAUUCAUUACAAUUGUUUUUCUGCAAAAUGUACUGUCUGUAACCUUUCUUUAAUACCUUCAAGACCUCUGAAGGGGAAGGUGUCUUUGAGUUAAUUGCUUCAGGCGUGACGUGUUUCAUUUCAUUCAUUAGAGGGCUAAGUGUGGGUUGAUUUUGUUUUUAAAACCUCUUGGUGUUGUAAUCAUUUGAAUAAAACAAUUCUGAUUGACA